AUGGCACCCCGCGUAUUCCUCAUCACUGGCUGUUCAACUGGCUUCGGUGAAGAGCUCGUCAAGGUCGUCCUUGAAAAGGGUGAUUACGUCGUCGCUACCGCAAGGAAUUCAUCCAAGCUCGCUUUUGACAGGGCCAAUGACGCCAACAGCUUAUUCGCCGAUCUCGACGUGACGAAACAGGAUUCAAUCGACAAGGCAUUUGAUGCAGCAGUCAAAAAAUUCAACCGUGUUGAUGUAGUCGUCAACAACGCUGGAUACGGCUUGAUGGGCCCAUUCGAGACGCUUUCAGAGAACCAGAUCAGGCAGCAGAUGGAUAUCAACUUUUUCGGCUUGAUCAAUGUAACGAGAAAGGCCAUGGAGACUAUGCGCGACCUGAAGACUGGAGGCGUCAUUCAGCAGGUCACAUCAAUUGGCGGUCAGAUUGGUGUUCCCAAUUUCUCCAUUUACUGUGCUAGCAAAUGGGCCGUUGAGGGCUUCACCGAAGCCAUCUCACAAGAAGUAAAACCAGAGUGGGGGAUCAAGUUUACGUGCAUCGAGCCUGGCGGCUUCCGAACCGAUUGGUCUGGUCGCAGCAUGGACUUUGGCCAUAUAUCACACCCAGCAUACGCACACGUUGACCCGAGGAAGCUAGCCCAAGCGCGAGACGGCAACCAACCAGGAGAUCCGGCAAAGGCUGCCAAGGUCUUCUACGACCUAGCAGUCAUGGACGACCCACCCCUCCGAUGCAUUGUCGGUACUGAUGCCUACAGUCGAAUGACAAACAAGUUAGAGACGUAUCGUGAGAGCGUUAAUAGGUUCGAGAAGUGGAGCAACAGCACAGAUGUCGAUGGCUACAAAGCGCCAAGCUGAACAUUGGUAGAGUAACGAAGCAGAGGAUCACAAACCAAUCACAAAAUCCGGGUUAGACCAACAAAUCACGUCGACAUUAUG